CAGCCUUUGUGGUAGUCGUAGUCAGGCUGCAAUGCUCUUCAGUGGUUGUCCUCAUCAUCACUAUUCUUCUCGUCCUCCUAUCAUUGUGUUGCUGGAUAUUAUCCCCCAGAAUCCACUGCCCCUGUCAUCUGCUCCACGUGUUCACUUCUUGCUGAUCUUACUGGGCCAAAGAGGCCCCUGGAUUAACCCUUUCUCUACCAGACUAUUACCCUGAUGCCUGAUUUCAACAAUAAUCUACCCCAUACCUAGAAGCAUUCUUGUAGUAGAUGCCUGGCACUUCGGAGAGAACACCACCCGGCACUUGUCCUUAUGGUUGCCUUCAUGAAACUUUGCAUCAAAGUGUUAUGUUUUAUGAGAAAAUAAGAAAUGGAAGUGAAUGUGAAGGCAGAGUACGAGACUGAUCUGGACCAUUCAGGAGGUGGAAUCAAAGAAGAAGAUGCAGAAGAGGAGCUGCCACAUGCAGAAGUUGUAGACAUAUUCCAGGAAGGUCUUGCAAUGUUAGUCCAGGACCCACUAUUGUGUGACCUACCUAUACAGGUUACUUUAGAAGAAAUUAAUUCCCAAAUUGCUCUUGAAUUUGGUCAAGCGAUGACAGUCCGCGUUUGUAAGGCUGACGGGGAAGUGAUGCCUGUCGUGGUUGUCCAGAAUGCCACCGUGAUGGAUUUAAAAAGAGCCAUUCAGCGAUAUAUUCAGCUUAAGCACCAGAGGGAGGGAGGAAUACAGUAUAUAAGCUGGAGGUAUGUCUGGAAAACCUACCAGCUGUCCUUCUCUGGAGAGAAGCUUGAUAAUGAUGAAAAAAGUCUUCGAGAGUAUGGCAUUAAAAACAGAGAUGAAGUGGUGUUUGUGAAGAAACUGAAAAAGAAGUAAUGAUCGGAUUCAAUGUAUGAACAGCAUCUAGUGACAAGACCGUCAGUGAUGGAAGUCCUAAACCGUGCCGAUGUCUGCUGGCAGCUUAUUCAUAAAUUAUAUUUAUUAUAUGGAUUUUUAUUUAGUUACAUAUGUAAUUUUCACAAUCUUAUGUAAUAAAAGUACAGGUUUUUUUUAUUUGCAA